AUGAACAGGAGUUCAGAUAUGACUGCUCAGGAAGAGAGUCAAGAUGACAGAUUUGCUUUCACUGCUGAAUGGUAUGACCCAAAUGCUUCACUCUUUCGGCGUUAUGAACUUCUGUAUUAUCCAAAAGAUGGAUCAGUUGAAAUGUAUGAUGUGAAGAACCAUCGCACCUUUCUGAAGCGCACCAAGUAUGAGAGCUUACACCUUGAGGAUUUAUUUGUGGGCAACAAAAUUACUGUUUUUUCCCGUCAUCUAUCCUUAGUGGACUAUGGGGAUCAAUAUACAGCCCGCAAGCUGGGGAGCCGCAAAGAGAGAACGCUGGCUUUGAUUAAGCCUGAUGCAAUGCCCAAGAUUGGAGAAUUAAUUGAUAUCAUUAUUAAUGCAGGAUUUACAAUAACUAAGGCCAAAAUGAUGGUGCUUUCAAGAAAAGAAGCAGCUGAUUUCUAUGUAGACCAUCAAUCAAAACCUUUUUAUAAUGAGCUUCUCCAGUUUAUAACGAGUGGUCCCAUUGUUGCUAUGGAAAUCUUAGGAGAUGAUGCAGUUUGCAAAUGGAAAACAUUACUGGGGCCAGCAAACUCUGCAGUGGCUCAGACUGAUGCACCAGACAGCAUUAGAAUGAACUUUGGACAUGAUGGCCUAAGAAAUGCAGCUCAUGGCCCAGAUUCAGUUGCUUCAGCUGCUCAAGAGCUGGAGUUGUUCUUUCCCUCCAGUGGAGGUUGUGGACCAGUCAGCAGCGCAAAAUUCACAAACUGUACUUGUUGCGUUAUUAAGCCUCAUGCAGUUAAUGAAGGGCUAGCUGGAAAGAUUAUAAAAGCCAUCAUCAAUGAAGGUUUUCAGAUCUCAGCUUUGCAGAUGUUCAACAUGGAGCGUGCAAAUGUGGAAGAAUUUUACGAGAUUUACAAAGGUGUCGUCACUGAAUACGUGGUAAGC